AUGGAGAAUAAACUUGGCAGCUCUUCCUUCAACAAGGAUGGUAAGAGCAGAGCCGUGAUUAACACCUUAAAACAAGUAGAAGCAGUAACUGUCAGCGUGCUAGAGUCCUUGUUGUCCUUUAUUUCAGGGCCAGAGCCUCAAUUGAAAUCAAGCCGAUGGUCACUAGUUUCCAAGUUCAUGAACCAGAAAAGUGUCAUGUGCGAGGAAGAAGAACAAAAGGCAAAUGAAAUUGUGAAUGCUGAAGCUACAUUGCGUUCCUUGAUUAAAUCAGGAAACAUGAAGCAUGUUGGGAAUGUUCAAAAUGUGCUCCAAAACUCAGAGAUGUGCAUCCAAGAUCUCGAUGAAGGUCUUGAAAGCUUCUUCAGGAGGUUGAUCAAAGCUAGAGUCACUGUUCUCAACAGCCUCAACUGUUGA